AAUUUUUUGUUUCUAUAACAACAACCUUCUUCUCAUCAGACGACAUUUUUGAUUUAUAUUACAUUAAAAUGAUUUAACAAUUAACCAAAAUCCCUUGCAAUCAGUCUUCUGACUUUUAUUCUGCGUUAUCAAGACUGUACGUUGUUUGUCUCACAGGUAACCGGCCACGUCUCAAGUCGAUAAAAAGUGAAUUAUUAAGAAAGUGUCAGUAGCUCUGAGAGAGAAGGUUUCUGAAGUAUCAUUCAGCGCGAUGACUGAAAGAAAGACCAACAUGGGAUUAUUGACUGAUCCACGGCAGAGACGACGGUUUGUUCGUAUAAUUUCACACUACAAUAACCGUCUCUGUGCCUUGUUUUAUAUCUCUGGACUAAUCUGGUUUUUCGGAUUAGCUUACAUCCAUCUUAAUGCAGGAACAUACUUUUCUGAAAAUGCUUUAUUACCUGGUUUAGUAGAAGGCAACUUUUAUUCUGAUGCUGAUGUCAAGUUUUACAAGAAUGAAAUAAAAAAAGCUAUGGACAAAGACAAAAGUCUGCUGUUACGUGACUGGCUAUUUUCAAAGUUUGAAGAACUUGGCUUAGAAGUUUAUUUCCAGAAUUAUUCUGUUCAGUAUCCUUUACAGUUGCUUGGUGACCAGAAAGUCCCUGGUCAAAAUGUUUAUGCUAUUUUAAGGGCUCCUCGUGCUUCAAGUACAGAAGCAGUGGUUCUUUCUGUCCCUAUACGAUCUAAGAAUAUGAUCUCUAAAACACUGACUGAUACCAGUGGGGGAAUCGCUCUCAUGCUCGCUUUAACCAAGUUCUUCAAAAAACACACCUUUUGGGCCAAGGAUAUCAUUUUCUUGCUGACGCAGCAUGAACACAUAGGCAUUGAAGCAUGGCUUGAUGGUUAUCACCAAGUACAGUCUUCAAAAUAUGUUUUUCCAGGAACUUUGUGGGGUCGAAGUGGGUCAAUUCAAGCUGCUCUUAAUUUAGAGAUCCCUCUUGAGAAAGUAGCUUAUUAUAACAUCAAGAUGGAAGGCCUCAAUGGUCAAUUGCCAAACCUUGAUCUGGUCAAUCUAGUUGUGCGUCUUUGCCGGCGUGAAGGGGACUCUGUGAGGCUGCACAACCAGUAUGACUAUUAUGAUCCGGAUUCACUAAAUGGAUUCAAACAUUCGUUACUGACGAUGCUGCGUAUGAUGAAAACUCAAGCAUCUGGAUCUCCUUCUGGCAACCAUGGCCUGUUUCAUCGCUACCAUAUCGAAGCUGUCACUCUUCAAGGUGUCUCACGAGCAUUUGGGCAGAAAACAUCAGAUUUAAUGGUAACUGGUCGGAUUGUGGAAGGCAUAUUCCGUAGUCUCAACAACCUUCUUGAGAGAUUCCAUCAAUCCUUCUUCUUUUACUUAAUGCCUGCUACCAACCGGUAUAUCUCCAUCGGAUUGUAUAUGCCACCUUUCAGUUUAAUGACAGCUGCUGGUUUGAUCAAAGCCAUUUCUUUGUGGAUUGGUUCUGAAAAGCCAAAAGACAAAAAUGAAAAGAAGCCACAAAAAAGUGAUUUAAAUUCUUCCAAGCUAGAAAAAGAUGAAAAAGAACCUGAAACAGAGAAACAAGAGAAAGAAGUAGAGAAAGAAGACAAUGAAGUGAGUCAGUCAAAGAAAGAGAUUUCUUGUGAGAAGAAAGAAGAAGAUCCACUGGAAAAAUUGUCUAAAGAUGUAAAUGAUAUUGAAGAUGAUGACAGUUUGAAAAACGACCCAGAUGAGCAGGAAGAUAAGUCCCGAGAUUUACUGUCCAUCAUACCAAUGAUUAUCUUGAGUUUCCUUGUUGGUUUAAUGACAUAUUACCUGCCUGAUGUAUUCAAUAGCCAUGCACGUCACUUGAAGAUACCAACAGAUGAGGCUAUCACAUAUGGACUCAUGGCAUUGUUCUCUGCCUGGCUUUUCUUUCCGCGAUUCAUUUCUAAAAAACCACAUGAAUUUGACAAUGGUUUUCAAGUUGACUGGCCCCUGUUAAAAUGUGUCACUCUCAUCUUCCAGUCCCUUGUUCUUUUUUCAAUUGCAUUAAUGAACAUCUCUCUGGCAUUUUUCCUUGCUGCUACAAUCAUUCCAGUUUCAGUCAUUGUACAACCUGUGUCAAACAAGUUGCUCCAGUGUCUGCAGUCAGUGUUAUUGCUCUUGGUAUCACCACCUGUCCUCAUAUAUUUGGCUUCUGUUGUUUCAGUAAUAGAUGAGCAGAGACCAGAUUCCGUGAUUGACAUAAUAGUUAAUGCUUGGUCUCAGCUUAAAGAUACUGUAUUAUUAAGUAUUCUAGACUAUUCACUGCUCUCCUGUUGGACAUAUCCAGUAUUUUGCUUUGCUAUCUAUCCAAACUGGAUAAUGUUGUGGGGUGUAUCUCACAUGAGACUUGAAAGCGACAGCACUUUAUUCCGUUUCAGUUAGAUCAAUUUUUUUUUUUUUGUAUUUUAUUUAUUUAUUUUCAUGUCAAAGAGGAACAGUGGCUGUGAAUUUCAGCUGCUAGACUACAGACUGGAUGGUCACGAGUUCAAGUCUUAGUUUUACUACAGCCAUUGAAUGGUCCUUCUGAACAUGGCACUUAAAUCCAGUCUCUGUUAUUUCUGAAUGAUAUAAAACAGAUUCUGUUCCUAUUUCACUGUUGAGUUGUUAGCAGCAACAUCCUUUCUGUAAUAGCAACUGCUCCUGCAAUGAACUCAUGGGAAAAAAGAAAUUAAUGUAAAACUUAAUUUUUACAAUAAUAAUAUUACUAUUAAUAAAAAGAAAACUGAUUUAAAAUAA